AUGGCACCCCUCACACCACCAGAAUCAGCAACAUUACAACUAGAAUCAACCGACUUGUCUUCACAAUUCAUACUACACAAGGACCAAACAGUUCCAUCCUGCAUGGAAUAUAAUGAAAUAUUUGAAAAAAGACCACAUAUUGAAUCUGCUCCAAAUAUUCUUGACACUACUCGAUAUCCUGUCCCGUUUACCGAACCUUUUGACGAGCACUUUACUCAUCUGUCUCGUAUUCAGACUGGCAAACUCAAAAUUCCAACAGAGAAGUUGUUUGAAUGGGCUAAAUCGACUGCAGAGGAUUUGGCCGAUGUAGGCCAUGACAGGCAAGAACCAUCUUAUCGAUCACCAUUGAUUAAAAAACCAUCGCUGUCAAAAAAUUCUCAACAACAAGCGUCAUUUGAAUCCAUACCUGGGGUCGAGUUUCUGCGCCAGACUGGUGCGGUUGGAUCGUCCUCUGCAGAUAUACUUGGCAAACAGAGAUAUGACGAAUCCUGUGUGCAAGAUGGAAACCAGGCAUCCGCUGAUGAUCUUGUUCAUUUUUCUCCAUUAAAAAGCUUGGAAUUAAUAUCUGCUGGAACUGAGACAAAUAUCACUAAAGAAGCUAUUCUAUCACGCACCGAGUCUAUUUUUCAAGAGCCAUCAGCAGCUGAAAUAGAGCAACUGCUUCCUGGGCUGAUUUGCCAAGCAUUGGACCAGCAUAAAUCCAUUCUAUCCGCGGCAAUGACCAUUUACGACAUAUCUACCCAUUUUACUGAAAUCAAUCAGUCUCUUUUCGAUAAAGUUGUAAAAGUCAAAGCUUUACAAGGUGUAUGUCAGGAUCGGUUGGAAGCGCUUGCCCAGCUAAGGUUCGAGUAUCGCUUUAGGCGCCAAGAACUGGACCAACUGGGCAUCCCUGUUCGACCACUCUGUGUCCUGUCAGAUCUAACAUUACAGUUUCGUGACUGCACUCUUAUUGAGCAAGCUUUUUCUGAUGCAAGAGAAGAAUAUGAAAUGACUCUGGAUCAAUUGACUUACAAUGGCUUAAUUGAUCCUCAUUCUGCGGCUGUUUGCACAUCUGAGAUUGCUGGAGAACAUGAAUUCAAGUUGUUGGAAAACUCUGAGCCAUUGGUGCAACGGAUGGACGAGUCAAAGCUUGAAUUUGUUCAAAGACAGCGGUAUACUCGACUCACUUUGACUGUACAGCUCAACAGUGUGCGAUUGCAAGCAUUGAGUGCAACAAUUGAAGAGCAACUUUUGCGGAACCGCAUCAUCCUUGCCAUUACUCCCCUUCUCUCUACCAUUGAGCAGAGAUACGCCAUGUGUACACAAAAUGCCGAGAAUGUGACAAAUAAUGUCAAGGAAGAACUUGAAAAAAUCGAACGAUUAAAAUCGGGAAUCCCUGUUGCUCGUAAAAUCAAACGUAGAGCCACGUUUCCCUCGGUUUUAAAUGAACAAGUUUCACCAGAGUUUUUGGAACAACUGAAAUCCUAUUCUCCAUUGGGAAACUCCACCAGUACAUUGAUAAAUCCAACUACGCAACCUCCACCUUUAUUUCCCCAUGUGCCAUCUACUGUACCAUUGCCACUAGAAAAGAGUGGUGCUCUGCCCACUCCUGGAGAUAGCAUACGACGAUCGCUGUUAUUAACUCAUCCAACACGAACAAAAUCGCAUGAGCUUGUACCACUCAACAUAUCCACAUUAGAAAACAUCCAAGUGCCGAAUGAUACGACUCGCUUGAUCUGGACUCCACCUACUCCAGUUUCCGCUUUCUAUAAUACAGCCCUUUACUCCGAUCCAACUCUACAUGUUUCUUGUACAACUCCACCCAUCACUAAUACUCACACUGCAACAACAUUGGGCGUAGAUCAAACGUAUUUCACACCUUCUCUCUUUGAGUUUGGAUUUGAUAGCAUGUUCAAGGAAAUUGAUAUUGGUCCACCACGUCGAUCAACCAUUCAUGAAUUUACAAAAGUAGUUGUGUUGAAUACACUUGAUAUUGUACGGAAAGUGAUUGAAUGGAUAUAA